AUUCUCAGGUCAGCUCAGUCCAUAGCAUACUCCUUUUUCCAUUAGAGAAGCGUCGCCGUUACCAUUCCUAGCUAUCAUCCGCUCGGUAGCCAAUAUUUUCUUGUGUUGUGCAGUACGACGAGCGACUACUGUAGCACCUGCCUGAGCUAAAUUGAAAUACAUAUACUUCGAUUCGAUGGGGAAGGAUCUGUGGUUCCACGUGCAGGCAGCGGCGGCGGUGCCGGAGCUGUCGCUGGCCUUGGCGCCGGCGGGCAGCAGCCAAGACCGGGAGCGGGACGAAAAACCGGUUCCGAUGGCGUGCGUGGACGGCAAGCCGGUGCGGCUGUUCCAGUGCCUCUUCUGCGACAAGACGUUCCUCAAGUCGCAGGCGCUCGGCGGCCACCAGAACGCGCACCGCAAGGGCCGCCUCGACGGCCUCCUCUCCGACCCCUACAGCAACGACAGCCCAUUCGGAGGCACCGCCAUCGCGGCGGCGUCCACCGGGUCGUCGCGCUAUUUUGGCACCUCCAUCGUCUCACACGGCGGCGCUGGCGUGGCGGCGGCGCCAACCGUCGAUGCCCGCUGGCCAGAGAGGAGGGGGUUGGGCGGCAGGGCUCCGCGGUUCGCGGAGCACGCGCUGCCCCUGGACCCGUAUGCUGGAGGCGACGGCGUGGUGGGCCGGCCAAGGGCCUCCAUCGCAAGCGGCGCCGGCGAGGCGUUGGACCUCGAGCUGCGCCUUUAGCUAGCGUCGCCUGGCUGGCUGCUGUGCUGCCGCUCAUAUCGCACAGUGAUCUUCAACUUGUGUAGCAAUCUUGACGUACAAAGUGCGUCCAGAUGCUGAAGAUGGUGGUGAGGGGGGGAAGCAUAUGCGCGACAAAGAUGGAUGAACUGCUAGAAGAAUUGCAAUUGAAAAUAUCCGGGAUUGGAAGGAUACAAUCCCAGCCCUUUCUCGAUUGCAAUAUGUACUCCCUCCGUCACCGUCUCAUAUUAUGAGAGACGGAGUAGUACAUAUUUACUGCCUAGUCGUCAUUUUCCUUUAUGUGUAUUUUGCUUUGACGAACUCUGUUUUUACGGUUUCAGGCGUAAAUUGCCCAUGCACGCACUGUAUUUAUAUCUUUC